AUCGCAAAUAUUCAGCGAGUCGAAAGGUGAAAGUGGUGAUACUGUCGCUCGAUUGUUUUAUAGCGCGAUUACUUAAUGAAAAGCAUAUGUAAUAGGCUAGCGACAAGGUGAAAGUUCACAGUCCGUUCAAAAUGUCCGCAAAGACAGCAGCCAAGCCAAACAAAGCGCCCUCGAAGGAGCCGUCGGCGUUGAGUAAAAUUUACCUGUUUGCUUACAAUGCAGUGCAAGUGGGCGGCUGGAGCUACAUUCUGUAUCAGCUGGUCAACUACUAUGUGCUGCAGGGGCCCCAGUUCCGUGCCCAGAUCACGCUGUGGGAUUAUACACGAGUCGCUGUCAUUAUCUUCCAGAAUGCCGCCUUUGUGGAGAUCCUGAAUGCGGUAUUUGGACUGGUCAAAUCGAAUCCGGUGGUCACAACCUUCCAAGUGUUCAGCCGAAUGAUGGUUGUCGUUGGCGUUGUCAUGGCCACACCCACGGGCAAAGUGUCACCCGGUCUGCCCAUUGCUUUGUUCGCCUGGGCCAUCACCGAGAUCAUUCGCUAUGGUUUCUAUGCUCUGAACAUUAUUAAGGUGGUGCCCAAAUUUGUCGUCUUUCUGCGCUACACCACAUUCAUUGCGCUCUAUCCGAUUGGCGUCACCGGUGAGCUGCUGUGCUUCUGGUGGGCACAGCGCUAUGCCAAGGAGCACAGCGUCUGGAGCAUCGAGAUGCCAAACAAAUGGAAUGCCACUUUCUCCUACUUCACACUGCUCUGGAUUAUCAUGCUGGCAUACAUUCCCAUCUUUCCACAACUCUACAUGCACAUGUUCACGCUACGUCGCAAGAUCUUGGGUGGCGACGCCAAAAAGAAAGCCAACUGAACUUUGAACCCAAUCGGGCAAAGCCAGCGAACAAAGCAAAACAAUGUAAAUUUCAUUCGCUUUGCAUUUCGCACCUUGUAGCUCUAAGUGAAUUUGCAUUUGAGUAACCCUACUUGACACCAAGCUAAGCUAAUAUUUAAGUGGUUUCUGUGUACAAAAUAAAAUCAAAUAAUUCCACAAUUGA